AUGAAAUUUCUAAAACCUCCGCUUUACGGUAAUGACAUUCAAAUUAAAACGUCUGAGCACACUAGUACUUAUGACCAGAAUAAUGGACCAACCACACUUCGAAAACCAUCAACUGUUUUUGGUGAUACUGGCUGGUACAACUGCUCUGAUGAGAGUGAUAAAAUAGUGCGAAUAAACUCGAACAAUAUUAAUACCAGUGGGAUGUACGUUUACGUUAAACCCAACAAAAAUGCAUUCGUGUCAACUCCUAAUAGUUUCAUACAACACACUGUACGUAUUGGUAAUCAAGCAAUUCUGCCGUGCCGCCCAACAGCCCCCAAAUUCAAUGUGACACUUAAGACUCUUGAUGGCUUGGAGCCCCAGAUGGUGAUCAGCAAAAGGACAAGUUUUGAUCCAAAAUUUGGUUUUAUCAUACAUCAAUCAAAAUUGACGGAUAGUGGAAACUAUACUUGUGAAAAAAAAUCAGUUACUACAAUAAACGGCCUGGAACAUAUCGUUGUUGGCUCCACAUUGAACAUCAGUUGUACAGUAGAGAUUGAAAAAAAUAAUCCGUACAACAUCUCCUGGGAGACUCCCCGUGAUUCGAUUCCCAAGAAAGUUUACAACUACGUUGAAGAAAAUGAAAGCCACGUUGAUUUGGUAACAUCUAACCUUAUCCUGAACAGUAUUACUUACGAUGAUGGAGGUAAUUAUAGCUGCCAAGUAAAAUCUUUACUAAGUAAUGAUGAUAGUAACUACAUUUUUUUAAGAAUAUACGAUCCUGAAGGAACAUACUUAAACUUAACGUAUGAAAAAGGAAAGACAUUCUUCACUGGAGUAUAUGGCCAUCCUGCAACUAUCGUUGCUCAUAUUGAUGCUUACCCACCGCCAACUCUUAAGUGGUUUAGUUCUAGAGUUUCUGUUAUUAGAUCAGAUGGUAAUUUUUUAAUUGUCAAUACAAAAUCAUUAAGUAGGUUAACCAUAAAGGAAGCAACAUGGUUUAAUUAUGGCAUCUGUACUCUUCAAGCGACCAAUAGUGCAGGAACCAAAUUCUUAAAAUUUGAAUUUAGUGCUCCUCUGCCAGGCGAAAUCCUAACUGUUAUUCUUGCUGAUGUACACGGCUUAAGAAGUUUUUACCCUAAAAACAAGAAUGCAACUUUCAAAUGUAGUAGCUAUGGUCAUCCAAAAGCAAAUAUAUCGUGGUUCUUCAAGUACAGUGAGCCUGGAUCUCGACUCCACCACCACUUCCUCGUCCAGUUUCCAAAACCUACUAUUUGUAUAUCCUGCGUUAUCCUGAACCUUUUCCUGUGGCAAUUAUUGCUGAUUCCCAGACACAAGAUCAAGUUUUUCUAA